AUGGCUAAUAAAAAAGCGAUCAAGGAAGAAUGGGUGCUUAAUAAGAAUGUCGAAGAUUUUAUUCUUGAUGAGGUCGAAGUCCCCGUCGAUCGCGCCAAGCGGAUUUGCAAACUUUUCGAUGAAGGUUGCGAAGUUGCGUAUGUAGCAAGAUAUCGAGGAGAUGUUCACGGCGGUCUUGAAUGUGAGCAAGUGCGGCACGCAUUUGAAGCGUACAAACACGCGCAAGAACUUAAUAGAAAAGUUGCGAAAGCCAUGGUCAAUGUUUCCGCAAAAAUCGAAGAUUCAAAAGAGAAAUCAGCUGUAUCUGAAAUGAUAAAGUCUUGCAGUGAUGCGGCAGAAGUCGUCGAAAUCACAAAACUUUAUUCAGCGGGAACGCGGAAGACGAAAGCGUCAAUUGCAAGGGGAUUGGGCUUUGAAGAGCUCGCCAGGCAAAUUCUUGACGGCAAAUUUGUAAAAUUUGGCGAUUCGGAUGAUUCGAAAGAGCAUUUGAAAAUCAGUUUAGCCGACUUAAUGAAUAAAAUGGAGAAAACGUUAAAGAUUGUGAAUGACGUUUCCAAACAACUCAUUUCUUCUGUGUCAACUACCGUAGUCUCAGGUCUCACACCGAAAAUCAAAAAGAUGCAGGAAGAUAAGGAUGUGCAGAAGUCAAUGAGUCACUUCAAAGAAUACUUGAAUUUUCGAAAAGCGGCGAAUAAAAUUCAAAACUAUCAAGUUUUAGCAUUAGAAAGAGCUGAAGAAAAUGAAAUUAUCAAUUGGAAAAUCGAAGUAAAUGCGAGUUGUUUGACAAACUUGCAUCCGGCCAAAUCAAUUAAAAUUCAUCCCAAAAUGACAAAAAUGUUUAAUGAAGCUAUUGAAUAUUCAAUAACAAAACUAAUGGUGCCGAAAAUCCAGCGAGCAACGAAGCGAUUUUUGACAGAAAAGGCGCAUCAGGCUGCCAUUCGAUGCUUUUCAAAAAACCUCGAGCAAUUAUUCUCACGUGAAGGAUUGCGUGGGCUUACGAUAGUAGCUUUGGAUCCUGGAUUUGAAACAUGCAAAGCAGCAUAUCUGGAUCCGAGUGGAGAUGUGUUGUCAACUUCCAAGUUUGCCUAUAUCAAAAAGGAAUUUGAGAAGAAAGGAGUUGAAACUCUCAAAUGUUGGGUGAAACAAUCAAAAACUCAGCUAGUGGUUUUUGCCAUUGGUGAUGGAAAGGGGUCUUAUGAAACUCAAUCAAUUGUAGCAAAUAUGAUUCAAAGACGAGUAUUCGAUAAUUCAAAAAAUGUCUCAUUUUGCGUUGUCUCGGAAGUGGGAGCUUCUAAAUAUAGUAUUACUGAUCUUGCAAUAGCCGAGUUGCCCGAUAUCGAAGUUACUCAACGUAGCGCAGUUUCGAUUGGCCGCAGAUUAAUUGAUCCAAUGGCUGAAUAUGUGAAGAUUGAGCCGAGACACCUUGGAAUGGGAAUGUACCAACAUUCAAUCAACUCGAAUAAAUUAUCCGAAGCGCUUGCUCUUGUCGUCCGCGAACGUGUCUCAAUGCGCGGUGUUGAUGUGAAUUGUGCCAGUGAGCACCUGUUAAGACAAGUAUGCGGUCUCAACGCGAAAUCUGCCGCGGGAAUUGUGGCAUUCCGCAGAAUGAAUGGCGCAAUUGUUUCGCGUCAGGACUUAAAGAAGGUGGCAGGAAUCGGAAAAGUGAGUUUCACGCAAUGCGCCGGAUUCUUAACAAUUUCGAACAAAAAUUCGAAUGAUGAUGAGCCGGCGAAGAAAAAACGGAAAAUAGAGGAAUCUAAAGUGAAUCCGUUGGAUUCUACUAUUGUUCAUCCGGAUCAAUAUGAGAUUGCGGAACGGAUCUUGAAACGAAUUGGAAUGAACGUCGUCAAUCUGCAGGCCAAUAGGGAUGAACUGAAUGAGAAGAUUCGAAAGAUUGAUAAUUGGAGUGACGAGGAGCAACGUGUUGUUGAAUUAUUAUUGACUGAAGCACACACCAUCCCGCCGCCACCACUUUUGAAAACUGUUCGACAAUUGACAUCGCUGCGAGCCGGAGAAAUAGUGAUGGGCACUGUGCAGAACCGUACCGAUUUCGGCAUUUUUGUGAAUAUUGGUGUCAAAAGAGAUGGAUUGGUUCAUUCGACGAGUCUGAGAGCCCCAUGGCCCGAAGUUGGAACGGUUAUUAUGGUUAAAAUCGACCGUGUUGACGUUCAGAGCGAAAGAAUUAGUUUGAAACCGGUUUAG